ACCAAGUUUUUCUCAUCUCUCUUCACUCUCUCAAUCUCAACAAUCUUAAGAGUCAUGUCUUUCCUGAGAAUUAGGCUUUUCCCUGCCAAAAGAGCUUGGAAAAGCUUCACCGCCAGCUUCCAUAAACUCCGUAGAUCCAAAACUAAACACCACACCAAGUACAGUGCAGCAACUUCGGACAAACAUUUCUUUCGUUCAAGCCACACAUCCGGGAAGAAGCUUCGAGACAGAGAUUCCCGUGUUUUUUUCACCCGUCUAAAGAGAGGUUGUUUGUUCAAGAAGAAACGCAAAGUUGUUGUCUACAUUGAUAAGCUCUUCAGGGAACCUAUGGCUGUAUCCAAUUGGAUUCCAGCAAAGCAGUGGAAGCCGAAGGAGGAAUUGUUUCCGGAGAAGGGAAUAGACCAAAGAGCCGAAGAGUUCAUCACUAGAGUGAAAGCAGAGAUUCUCGCUUCACGCAACUUGUAGUACCCAUCAUCAACACAAUGUAUCAAGACUUGAUAAGUAAUAAUUCUUCUGUGUAUAAAUAGACCAAUUACAACUAU